AUUGCGCGAAAGUUGCGCUCGCGACCGCCUAAAAUUUUCGUCAUUAAUUAAACCAAUCAGUAAUGGACACAAAAGUAGACGCACCUGUUUCACCAGCACCGUCAGCGGCAGCGCCAGCCACUACAGCUCCUCCCAAUCUCCCCCCACCUGCUGCUGCAGAAGGUGCAAAAGAAACCAGCAGCAACACUACCAAUAGUCAACCGACAAGCACAACAGCUGCAGCGCCUUCCACUGCAUCAGCAACUAACAAUUCAACGCAGGCUUGCAAUGUCAAUAAUGCCACUGGCUCUGGGACAGCGUCAAAUGCAGCUACCCAACAACAGCUACAACAACUGGCCAAAAAGCCGAAUGCAACACCGACAACGCGCGCCGAUCCCAGCGCUCUGCCUACGCGGCAAUAUUUGGACCAGACGGUGGCUCCUGUUCUCCUGCAUGGUCUGCAAGCAUUGGCUCGGGAGCGCCCCACAGACCCCAUCCAAUUUUUGGCUUCAUAUUUGCUGAAGCACAGCAAUGGGUGCGAAGAGCCCGUGGCCAACGAAGCCCCCAGCAAUUAGCCAAACAUAUGCAGGCCCCCUUUUUAAGAUGCAACAAAAGUUGCACACACACAAACAUAGUCCGUAGUCGUAAGUGGAAAGUAAGAAUACAUAAUGUAAAUGCUAAUAAAGCAAUCCCCAAACACCUAUUUACAAUAAAAAAAAUAAUCGUAUGAAAAU